CCCACCAGUCCCUCUCAUUGGAUUUCUCCACCAGAACCCACCCGCCCUCGCCACCACGACGUUCGGAUAAGCUGACAAUGAGAGUCUCUUGUCUUCCGUGACAUUUUCUAAUCACGAUGAAAUUUUUACUGGAAUUCGUUUCUUGUUGCGGCUGCGCCACCACCACCGCUGCCAAAAACGACAGCGUCAAUGGCAGCGUCGUCCUGGAAUUAGGUCCGUCUCCGAUCUCGCCGCUAUCGGAGGAGACGAUUUCGCUGGUGAGUUCUCAGCGUCGGUACCGGCGGAGGAAGCGCGGGAGGGUGGGGUCGUCGGGAUGCUGUUCGGCGGCGGGUGGUGGUGAGUGGAGGCCGUCUUUGAGUUCGAUUGACGAGGAUCACGUCGUCAUGAUUGAAAGGAGAAGAAAAAUUGAGGUUAAAAGGACGGUCAAGAGAAAAGGUAGCCUCCGCGGUGGUUCCGGUGAUAUAGGCCGCGAUCGAACCUUCAGCGACGAUAGCGGGAUUCCAUUUCUAGUCAUGCCGGAAUUCUCUCCAACACCAUUUAUGUUUUAAUGGUAUUUGGGUUUCAUUUUCCUAUGGGCUCUUUAUGUGUACAAUGUACAUAGAGGAAAAAUAUAUAUAUCUGUAAACUCUAUUUUUCUUGUUAGAAUCAAUGUCCUUUGCCAUUGGGUGGUGGUUGUUAUAUAUAGAAAUUUGGUAUGAACUGAGAUUGGAGUAUC